AGGAUGAGUACAUGGAAGAGAAGGAGCAGACACUGCUGUUGAGAUGGAGACUUGAGAGGCACCCACUUGUCGACUUUGGAACCAUCAAAAAAUAUCUGUGUCCCUACUACGCCGAAGAGGGCCAUUACACUAACACUCCAAAAUAUCAUUCAGAUUCAGGUGGAAAGGAGACGAGAAAUAAUCAAACGAGAAAUGGCAGGAAGUGGGGUGUUUGCAGAGAUCUUAGAUGGUGAUGUCUUCAAGUACUACACAGACGGUGCGUGGAAGACGUCUUCUUCAGGAAAAUCUGUGCCCAUCAUCAACCCCACCACCCGAAGCACCCAGUACAAGGUUCAAGCAUGUACCCAAGAGGAGGUGAACAAGGUCAUGGAAACAGCAAAAAAUGCGCAAAAAUUAUGGGCAAAGACACCUCUGUGGAAAAGAGCAGAGUUACUUCACAAGGCAGCUGCAAUUCUAAAAGAGCAAAAAGCACCCAUUGCAGAGUGCCUUGUUAAGGAGAUUGCAAAGCCUGCGAAGGAUGCAGUGACUGAAGUUGUGAGAUCAGGGGAUUUGGUGUCCUACUGUGCUGAAGAAGGAGUUAGGAUUCUUGGAGAAGGAAAAUUUCUGGUUUCUGAUAGUUUUCCUGGGAAUGAAAGGAGCAAAUACUGCCUCACUUCAAAGAUUCCUCUAGGUGUUAUUUUGGCUAUUCCACCGUUCAACUAUCCCGUCAAUCUUGCAGUAUCGAAAAUUGGCCCUGCACUUAUUGCCGGCAACUCCCUUGUGCUCAAGCCUCCAACCCAGGGUGCUGUAGCUGCACUCCACAUGGUGCAUUGCUUUCACUUGGCUGGGUUUCCCAAAGGACUUAUUAACUGUGUUACAGGAAGAGGUUCUGAGAUCGGUGACUUCCUUACAAUGCAUCCUGGCGUUGACUGUAUAAGCUUCACAGGGGGGGACACAGGAAUUGCAAUCUCAAAGAAGGCUGGCAUGGUUCCUUUACAAAUGGAACUGGGUGGAAAAGAUGCUUGCAUCAUUCUUGAAGAUGCUGAUUUGGAUUUAGCGGCAUCUAGCAUCGUGAAAGGAGGCUUCUCAUACAGUGGUCAAAGAUGCACGGCUAUUAAGGUGGUCUUGGUAAUGGAAUCUGUAGCGGAUGCUCUUGUUGAGAAAGUUAAUGUUAAACUAGCAAAACUGACUGUUGGGGCACCGGAGGAUGACUGUGAUAUCACUCCAGUUGUGACAGAGUCCUCUGCCAACUUUAUCGAAGGGUUGAUAACAGAUGCCAAGCAGAAAGAAGCAACAUUUUGCCAGGAGUACAAGAGGGAGGGCAAUCUCAUAUAUCCAUUACUGUUGGAUAAUGUUCGACCCGACAUGAGAAUUGCGUGGGAGGAACCAUUUGGCCCAGUUUUACCAGUUAUCAGGAUUAACUCUGUUGAAGAAGGAAUCCACCACUGUAAUGCUAGCAAUUUUGGUCUCCAGGGUUGCAUCUUUACGAGAGACAUAAACAAAGCAAUUUUGAUCGGUGAUGCAAUGGAGACAGGAACAGUUCAGAUCAAUUCAGCGCCGGCUCGAGGACCAGAUCAUUUUCCUUUUCAGGGUUUCAAGGACAGUGGAAUUGGUUCUCAAGGAAUCACCAACAGUAUCAAUAUGAUGACUAAAACAAAGAGCAUGGUGAUCAAUUUGCCAACCCCGACUUACUCCAUGGGCUGAUGAUAUGCUUAGUAGGUAAUGAAUUCAAGUAUUUGGUGCUCUAGCCUGUAAUGUAAUUAGCAAGCAAGAAGAACCUUUUGUACUUCUUUAGAUCUUUAGGCCACAAGGAUGUUGAAACAUCAAACUGAGUCUGUUCAGUUAUCAUAUGCAAUAAGUUUCUUCAAGCAUUUUAAUUGUCUGUAGAAGAUGACCUUGAAAUUCAGUGUUGAGGAUUGCAGUUUGACAAUUUCAUUUGCCUUUUGUUUGGCUUGCUCA